CAGCCUUCAGCUGGGGGGCAUUUAAGACGCAGAACCCUUGGCUGGUCCCCAGCCACAGCUGCAGGACCUAGAGGCAGACCUUGACAGCCUCAGUGGAGGCAGGAGAAGCCGAGGCAACAGCAGCAGGGGCCACAGCACCGCGCCCCUGCCUCUCCCCACUGCCUGGACACCAUGCUUCUGGCCACAUUCAAGCUAUGUGCUGGGAGCUCCUACAGACACUUGCACAACAUGAAGGGGCUGAGGCAGCAAGCUGUGCUGGCCAUUGGCCAGGAGCUGAACCGGAGGGCACUGGGGGGCCCGACCCCGGGUGCGUGGAUCAGCCAGGUUCGGCGCCGGAGCUCCCUGCUUGGUUCACGGCUGGAAGACACCCUCUACAGCGACCAGGAGCUGGCCUAUAUCCGGCAGGGCGAGGAGGCCAUGCAGAAGGCCUUGGGCAUCCUCAGCAACCAGGAGGGCUGGAAGAAAGAGAACCAGCAGACGAACGGGGACAAAGUGCUGAGUAAAGUGGUCCCAGAUGUGGGCAAGGUGUUCCGGCUGGAGGUGGUGGUGGACCAGCCCAUGGAGAGGCUCUAUGAAGAGCUCGUGGAACACAUGGAGGCAAUGGGAGAAUGGAACCCGAAUGUCAAGGAGAUCAAGGUCCUGCAGAAGAUUGGAAAGGACACAGUCAUCACCCACGAGUUGGCUGCAGAAGCAGCAGGAAACCUGGUGGGGCCCCGUGAUUUCGUGAGCGUGCGUUGUGCCAAGCGCCGCGGGUCCACCUGUGUGCUGGCUGGCAUGGCCACACAUUUUGGGGAGAUGCCCGAGCAGAAAGGUGUCAUCAGAGGUGAGCAUGGUCCCACGUGCAUGGUGCUCCAUCCCCUGGCUGAAAGUCCCUCCAAGACCAAACUCACCUGGCUGCUCAGCAUUGACCUCAAGGGAUGGCUGCCAAAGACCAUCAUCAACCAGGUCUUGUCACAGACUCAGGUGGAUUUUGCCAACCACCUGCGCAAGCACCUGGAGUCCAGCCCUGCUCCUGAAGCCAGGUGUUAAGGACCAGCCUGCUUCUUCCAACUGUCCCUAGCUGCACUGGCUUGCACGCUCAUCGGGAAGAUCUCUGCUAGAAGCCUACAAGUCUGUCUAAGAUCUUCAUCUGGGACUGUGGGAUGGGGUGGGAGUGUAUUUCCAGUAGUAUACUGGGACUCAGAUUGGUCAAAUUUUACAACUCAGAAAAUGGGGACAAGGCUUUUAAGAGAAAGAGCUUUCUAACUUCAUUCGGGGAUUAGCUGUGAAAUGAAGGUUAAGGGACCCCAAAUAUUUGUAAGACUUCUUUCUGGGCCCUCACACCUCUAUUUAAAAACAUCUUUAAAAUGGUACUGAUACAGGGUGCGAGGGUGCUAAACACAACGACUGGGGCCUUAUGUUUUAUGGGCUCAUGAGCUCCAUUCCUCAUAGGCCAUGUGUGUGGAUGCAGCAGGGUUUGACAAAAGGGACUCCAGCAACCCUCUGCUCCUCUACCAAAUAAGUAGCAAGCAGUACCAAAGAUCAGCAACUCCCCAUAGCAGGUGCCUUCAAGAAAUGUAGUCUAAGUUUUCUUGAUUGAAAAAAUGCAGAAAACUAAUUAAUCCCAUUCUCCUAUUUUUUCCAUGAGCACCAGUCAGAAUAAAGACUCAUAACCGACACAAAAACUUCAGUCUGUACCUGUUUGUUUAAAAAUUCUUUUUAAAAAAAUCAUUCUAGUAAACUGCAACUUUUUGAUAAAGGAGUCCUGGACAAAGGUUUGUUUUGUUUUGUUUUUGUUUUUUUGUUUUUUAAAGAUGUUAUUUGAAAGAGAGACAGAGAGAGCACAAGCUGGGGAGAGGGGCAUAGGAAGAAGGAUAAGCAGAGCCCCAGUUCAUGACCUGAGCAGAAGCUGGACAAAGAUUUUAAUGAAACUAGAUCCCAUAGCUCACUAGAAGGAAAAACUACUGGGCACUUAGGUCACUCAAUUAUUUAAAAUCUGUUAUCAGGAUAUUUCAUAACAGUUUAAUUUCCAUGAUAAGGACAAGCCUAAAUCAAUUCUUGAAAGAACUCUAGAACUGGUGGCUGAUGGAUGAGUACUGGAAGAGGAUUCUGACUGAGGAUUUUUAUUUACCGACUUAAAAGAUAGAACAGAGGGACGCCUGGGUGGCUCAGUUGGUUAAGCAUCUGUCUUCGGCUCAGGUCAUAAUCC